GUGGAUUAACUCCACGUUUCGGUGCAUCAGCUCAACCACGUAAGGAGCUUCCGUUCGCAGCGAAGAAGAAACUUUUACAGCUUCAAUGGGAUAAGCUCAACACGCUGUCCAUUAACAAGACGUUUUGGGGCCAAGCAAAUAUGAGUGAAGAAGAGCUUCUUAGAUUACUUGGUGGAGAGUUUGGCGUUUUUUCUAGCAUUGAGGAACUUUUUGCCGCCAAGGAACUUGCGUUAAAAAAAAAGAAGGCGGAAAAGAAGGAAGAAAUUAGUGUCCUUGAUCCGAAAAGAGCGUAUAAUAUUAAUGUUGUACUUGGGCGAUAUAAGCAGGUUUCAUUUGAGGAAAUGCACAAAAAGAUUAUCGAGAUAGAUGAAAUCUUUUGCACAGAGAAUCUACUUAAUCAAUUAAUGCAAUAUACCCCAACAGCCGACGAACGCGGAAAGUUGGCCGUGUUUCAAGAAGGAACGGAAGAAUUUGAAAACCUAGCCCGCCCUGAUCGAUUUUUUAUUGAAGUGAUGAAAAUACACAGAUACGAGCAACGCUUGAAGUUUAUGUACUUCCAUAUUACAUUUAAUGAGAAAUUUACAGAUCUAAACAAUAACGUCCUGUCAAUAUUAAAUGCCUCUAUAGCCCUUAAGGAAUCACAGCAUUUCAAGGAGUUAAUGAAUCUAAUAUUGUUACUCGGCAAUUACAUGAAUGGUUCAGGUCAUAAAGGUGGUGCAUUCGGUUUUAAAGUCGGAAGUAUCAACAAGCUUGUCGAUACCAAAGCUUCAAAUAAUUCGACUAUUACAUUGUUGCAUUUUUUGGCUGAUACUGUUGAUGAUAAAGUACCGCAUUUGCUUAGUUUUAUCGAUGAGUUAAAAGAUUGUGGAACUGCAUGCAGAGUAUCUCAACAAGAUAUGACGAAUGAAUAUCGGAUGAUGGGAACGAAAUUGAAUGACCUUGCCGUCGAAUUACAGAUGCAUUACACAGACGUUGAAUUAGAAGAAAAUGACAGAUUUGCUGAAGUAAUGAGAGACUUUGUUGUAAAAUCACAAGAGAAGUUCGAACAACUUCGUAUUAAAUAUACGUCAAUGGAAGUUGCAUACAAGGAUGUUUUAUCCUAUUUCGGUGAAGAUCCUAAUAAUACAAAACCAGAUGAAUUCUUUGGAAUAUUUAAAAUCUUUAUCACUUCAUUUGAGCGUGCAAGGUCUGAUAAUAAGAAAGUCAAAGAACGUGAAUUAGCAGCUCAGAGACGAAGAGAUGAAAUUGAGAGUCGAAGGAAGCCUGCUGCAAAUGCAGGUGUACAAGUUGGCGAAGGUGUUACCAUGGAUUCAUCAGAAGAGAAACACUUGAUGGACAAUCUGCUGGAAACCUUAAGAGAUGGUAGAGAUUUGGAUACAAGACGAAACAGACGAGGCAAUAGGCGUGUUAUGAGAAGCAUGUCAAUUGCUUUGAAAGCAGAAUCAAUUUUGAAUACGCUCAAGGAAGACGCUCCACCACUUCCUGAAAUGCCAAAGCAGAUAGCCGCUGAAUAA